ACCCUCUCCCAGGUAAUCGCUGUUUUUUCUUUGUGGUUUUGAAUGUGAUGCAUUCGAGGAUUAGACUCCAAUUUUUCCAGUGAAACUGGAUGUCUCGCAGUGGUAUCAUGCUCACAAAGGGACACUGAUGACCACGGGAUGAGCCCAUGCCUUUGUAACAUCACUUGAACUGAAAAUGGACUCCCCUGCACUUCAGUAACAUCCAGGGAAAAACCCGCUAACCAGACUGCUGGUUGUAGGGCCGUUGAACUCCACCCCUUCCGGGCCUGGGCCUCCAGCAUGUCUGACCUCCGGGGGAACCUGAGCGUGCCGUGGGGGUCCGAGUCACUGACGGGCGUCACGAGCGGCCUCAACCUGACGGCGGCGGCCUUCGCCGGGCCCUGGGAGAGGCGGUCCCAGACUCCGCUGUGCGCCUUCUGCUGCGGCGGCCUGCUGAACCGCACGCUGGCCGUCGUGUUCAUGGUCAGCCUCUCCUUCGCCAUCGUCACCGGCAAUGUGGUCACGCUCACCGUCUUCGUACAGACACGCCUGUUCCGCACACCUCAGGGAUACCUCAAAGUAUCACUGGCCUUGGCAGACAUGAUGGUGGGCAUGCUAGUCGUGCCCUUCUCCAUCUACACCGAGGUCUCGCUGAUGGUGACCAGCACACCGCCUUCCUGGUACCAGGGCGGGUCCCUCACUUCGGCGGGGGGCCUGUGGGGCCCCUGGCAGCCCUGCUGGCUGAUCGGCCCCGUGUUCGCCGGCUGCACCUUCGUCUCCAUCAGCACCAUCUUCCUGAUGACGGUGGAGCGCAGCGUGGCCGUCCUGCGGCCGCUGCACAAGGACUCGGUGGUGACGCGGCACCGGGUCCUCCUCCUCAUCCUCCUCUCCUGGGCCGGCAGCUUCCUCCUGGCCCUGGCGCCCCUCAUCCUCAGCGACAGCUUCACCCUGGAGUACAACGAGUGCAGCCGCAUGUGCAACUACGUCCCCCUGCUGGACGGGGACGGGAGCGUCCUCCUGCUCUUCCCCGCCUUCGACUUCACGCUGCUGGGCGGGACCCUGGCGGUCAACAUCCUGUCCUUCACCUCCAUCCGCCGCUACACCCGCAAGCGCAAGCUGCUGUCGGAGGGCAGCCUGGGCGUGGACGGCGGCGGCGGCGGCGGGUGCCCGCACAGGCCCUCCUUCUCGGACAUCAAAGCUGCCAAGACCAUCGGCAUCCUGACGUUCGCCUUCACGGCCUCCUUCUCGCCCAUCGCCGUGUUCGUGCUGGGCAACGUGGUGGGCUACACCUGGUGCACUUUCUCCUUCUUCGCUUUCUGGAUCCUGACGGCCAACAGCUGCUGCAACGUCAUCAUCUACAGCGUGAGGGACCAGCGCUUCAGGAAGGGGGUGGUGCUUCUCUUCCACAGGGACUGA